AUGGCUCCGUUCAUGCACAUUGCACUGUUGUCUCUUGCCGGUCGAACUGUGGCCCUGCGUCAGAAUCAGGAGGGCGAUGAGCAGCUGAGCGAGGUUGCCCCUGAGCUGCUCCCAACUGGAAAGGCGGGCUACUCCAUGCUCUGCUGCGUCUCAGCGAAGGCGGACUUUGCUGUUGCGGACUCGCGCUUCCAGGGUGCUGCGGGAAGGAUGCUAAAGGCUGUAGCGGAGGAUGGAGCUUAUGGCGUGGGAGCUGACUUCCAUCCCCAUCACUUCGAAGAACAUUGCAAGGUGGCGUUACACUUGGAGCAGUGCCCUGAUGUUACAGCGCCAGUGGAUGAUGACGCUCGCAGUCAUCCUGAUGAGCUGGCGGCACAGAUUGAGGAGUUCCUCGCCAAGUAUGGCAUUCACGCAGAGGAGAAGACACCUGACUACAAAACGUACAUGGGUGAUUCACCCAGGUGCCCGAAAGAUUUCGAACCACAGCAGGAUCUUCGUCGGUGCAGUAAGCAUAUGAUGCAUUUCUUGAAGCUCUUGAAGCUGUGGAGGAGGAAACUGGAGGCAGAGGACGAGGUCAAGGACAACACGGGUCUGCGCGGCUUCUUCCUGGGAAACCCGAAGAGCCGAAAAAGGCUUACGAGAAGCUGCGGGAUGCGGACUUCGAUGUCAGAAAGUUGUGGUUCAAGGGGUACACGCGUGACAUCUGACUUGCUUUCGUUUUCCAGACCCUAG